AUGAUUUCACAGCACAAACUCCGUCUUGAUAUUCUAUUUUUCGUUUUGACGCUCUAUAGCGUCUUUAACGCUCAUCAUGUACUGUCUAAGCGGUUGCCAGUAAUUCAUUGGAACUCUAAUAAUUCUAUAUUUGAUGUCAGCAAUACCGACCAUGUUAUUGGAGCUGAAAUUGAUGAUCGCGUAUCCAUUCACUGCCCAUCGCCAGCACCUGUAGAUGAAUUUGAGUUUUCGAAUAUUUACAUGGUAUCAGAAGACGAGUACAAUCAUUGUGUUCUUCUGAACCCUCACUUUAUUGGAUCAUGUAAUAAUGAAACAAAAAAAGAUUUUUCCAUUCAACUAGUUUUUCGGCACUUUUCUCCUGUGCCUGGUGGAUUGGAGUUUGUUCCUGGGCGGAAAUACUUCAUGAUUUCUACAUCUAAUGGAAAGCUGGAAGGAAUCGCUAAUAAGAAGGGCGGCCUAUGCGAAAAGAAGCAAAUGAAAAUCAAGUUUGAAAUUCAUCCACGACGAGAUCAAGUCAAUCCGAAAUUUGCUGCUCGUACGCUGACAAGGGAUGAUUCCCCUACAACACCAGUGAUGUACAUAAUACACAACGAAGAUGAUUCAGGCAAUGAUGAUGAUUCAUCGACUUCUAUAAGUCUUCCAAUCCUUCUUCUCCUAACAAUUAUGAUUCGACAAAUUUUAUAG